AAGAGGGCAUAGUUCGGGUUCGACGGCGAAGACAGCAAAAAAUAUGAAAAAGAAAUCGUUAGAAAACACUAAAAAGGGUCCUGCAGUUGCAACUGCUGUGUCAUUUGAAGAUAGCUUUACUGCUGUUAAAGACGUGUUCUCUGCUAAGACGGGUGACAAUGAGAACGCGGGAAAGGGAAGCGUAGUUAACGAACGAGGUGCAGAAGAGUCCUUGAUUGCUUAUGUGCACAAACUUUCGCCAAUAAAGAAAAAUAGACAGCAGACAAUGGAGUACUCUACGUUAGUGUUACAGACUGAGAAAAAGAGUGUCCAAGCGUUGCUGUAUGCCAACAAAAAAAGAGCAAUACUCGCCGACAGCGCUCGUAGUCACACUCCGAUUAAAAUACAGCGAUUCACGAAAACAGCCGAUGGGGAAAAGGUGAUCAUCAACGAGAUGACAAAAGUUGGCUUUGCUCAACAAGGCGACUAUUCGUUUCAGUUCGAGGAACUUGACAACAGUUUGAAGAUUUCGUCGAUCAAGGAAAUUUUAGAAUCUCGUGAAGAGUGGGAAAACGUUUCUAUGUGCGGUAAAGCAGUCCACGUUGGGGAGAUGAGUGUGGUUGGAGCCAAAAAGUUGAAAUUGGUUCAGUGCACAUUUGCUGAUACUACAGGAUCAAUCCAAGUGGACAUCUGGGAAGACCAUAUUCCUCUGGUCGAAAGUGGGAAAGUAUAUACUAUGGGAAAUCUUCACGUGCGCGUAUGGUCCGGGAUUAAAAAGGUUAGCACUAGGAUAGAAUCUGUUAUCACAGCGAUGGUAGAUGAAGAUAUCCAGAAAGUUUCUAUCCAGAAGGAAGACAUCCAGACCGAUUUUCUCCAGACAAUAACUGUGUCAGAGAUUGCUUUUGUCCAGAAUAUCGAGUCCUCCAUGUGUUGCACAAAGUGCUCGAGAAAGGUUCUUCAAUCAACAAAUUCCAAAAUAGUCCACUGUGACAGAUGCGGUUGUACAAUGAGGAUUGGUGACUGCAAAACACAGGUUUGUGCAAAAGUUGAAGUUCAUCCCUCGCCAGGUGAGCAGAUCAAUUUAACGAUCUUUCAAGCUAAUUUGCAGACCGUUAUUGAACGUGAUGUUGCUCAUUUAAGCCAAGAAGAAAUUUCCAUGUCCUUAUUGUACUUUGAAAAUUUGGAAAUAACAUAUAACACAAAGACUUUUGUUGUUACCAAGUUACUUCUAAAAAAAGAGUAA